AUGGAUAUGGUAUGGAUAUUGUCUGUGUGUUUGGUGCUAAUUUUAAUGAUUAUUCCUACAGGUGGAACAGUUUCUAUGUGUAAAAACGACACAUAUAUUGCUACCAGUUUUCAACUGAGUAGACUAAAUACUGAACCUACAAACUGUACCUGUUUAUUGACAAAUACAGAACAAACUCGUACUCAGGUUUAUUUUAACAUGACAUCAUCUAGUGGCUGUGGAUAUAAACUUACUAUUUACUUCAACGGAAAAAUGCCACCUUUGUCGUGUGAUCUUUCUAACUCAACAUUUACAGAUAUAACGUCAGAGACCAUCAAAUUAAAUUAUGAACCGUAUAGACAGGUCAAAACUGCACCAUUUUCAUUUAAUUUGAAUAUCAGUUCCGAACCAGAAUUUUCGUAUUUUCAUAUUAUGACCUUUUGUUAUUAUGAAGAAGAUAUGGAAAUGGACAUAAUAGUUUUGGAUCAACAAGUCCUAGCUUUUGGAGAUAGAUGUUUGAGAGAUGCGCGGACGUAA